AUGCCUAAGAGACUAAGCGGGUUACAAAAGGAGGUCCUACACCUCUACAGGGCUUCCAUACGGACGGCCCAUACAAAACCAAAGGAAAAUCAAACCAAUUUUGUGAAUUAUAUUCAUGAAGAAUUUGGGAAGUAUAGAAAUUUACCGAGAAGAGACUUCACUACAAUUGAACACUUGUUGCGGGUUGGAAACAAAAAAGUUGCCACCUUUUCACACUCUGAGCUAACGAAUAUACAUUGA